UGGCAGUAAAACAUCACGUGACCCGGAAGUACUCUUCCCCUGCUAGAGCUAAUUAGCAUGUUUGUUUGCUCGCCAUAGACACGUCACGAGCGCGUGAAACACGCCUUAAGAAUAUAUAUUUUUAACGGGACUCAUAUGGAAGACAUGAAGCCCGGCGUGGCCUGCUUGGACGUCGACGUGUCGAGUCGCCUAGCUCGUGAAACGCCGCCGCGGCCCGGGCAAUAGCACCCCCCUCGAAGCUAGUUAGCUUAGCGAAGAGGAGGCCAUUAAUUAAAUUACACGUCGUCGUUUGUUGACUCGUUCCACUCGUUUGUGAAGCUCGGUGGUUUGAGUUCUGGGUGCGUCUUUUGCCUCCGAAAGUUUUCACAUAUCUUGGGGAGAUUCGAUUUAGCCGCAGCGUUCAAAGUGUAGCCAUGGAGGACUUGAGCUCCAUCAGCCUGCUGUCUCUUGCCAUGCUGGUGGGCUGCUAUGUGGCCGGGACCAUUCCCUUGGCAGUCAACUUCUCAGAGGAGAAGCUAAAGCUGGUCACCGUGUUGGGAGCGGGACUCCUGUGCGGCACGGCCCUCGCCGUCAUCAUUCCCGAAGGCGUCCACGCUCUUUACGAGGAAAUCCUGGAAGGGGGCGGGCAUCACCCCCCGAGCCAGGUGGGCAUUGUCGCUGAGGCGUCGGCCAGGGGCGAGGCGGCGGCGGUGGUGGCGGCGGCGGCGGCGGCGGCAGCAGCGCCGGGCACGGACGGCCACCACGAGCACGGCCAGGAGCAGCUCCACGCCUGCAUCGGCGUAUCGCUGGUGCUGGGUUUCGUCUUCAUGCUGUUGGUGGACCAGAUCGGCUCGUCGCACAUGCACAGCGCCGAGGAUUCGGAAUCGGCCAGAGUGGCCUCCUCCAAAAUUACCACCACCCUCGGUCUAGUGGUGCAUGCUGCUGCUGACGGCGUGGCCCUUGGAGCCGCCGCCUCCACCUCCCAAACCAGCGUCCAGCUCAUCGUUUUUGUCGCCAUCAUGCUCCACAAGGCCCCCGCCGCGUUUGGCCUUGUGUCCUUCCUCAUGCACGCCGGGCUGGAGAGGAAUCGCAUCCGCAAGCACCUGCUGGUGUUUGCCCUUGCCGCCCCCGUCCUGGCCAUGCUCACCUUCCUCGGACUCAGCCAGAGCAGCAAGGAAGCGCUGUCAGACAUCAACGCCACUGGCGUGGCCAUGCUUUUCUCGGCCGGCACCUUCCUUUACGUGGCAACUGUGCACGUGCUGCCCGAGGUGGGCGGAGUGGCGGGCCACAGUCACGGGGCGCCGGGCGGCAACGGCGGCAAGAGUCUGAGCAAGGUAGAGGUGGGCGCCCUGGUGCUUGGCUGUCUCAUCCCGCUGCUGCUGUCGGUCGGCCAUCACCAUUAGGAUGACGGUGGAAACAAAAGACGUGAACGUGGAACUGUUAUAUUCACGGGUGAUUUUUGUUUUCUUUUUUUUUCUUUUUUUUUUCUUUUUUUUUUCUUUUUUUCCAAAUUUUAUUUUAUUUUUUUAUAUAAACACUGUACAGAUAGAUCUCUUAGACAGAUUUAAAGUGACGUUCAAGUGCCAUUGUAGCUGGACCUCCGCUACUUCCUGCUUCUGGGACGUUGUGUAUGUAUAUUUUGUUUCUUUACGGCGGAAUAUCUCAAUUAACAAGGUUUCUUUAGUGCCCCUCGCCAAUUAAAGGGGUAUUCCAUACACGCAACCACAACGAGAUCACUAUUUCUGGGCUAUGAUUGUGCUAAAUUCACUUUAAUCUGUUAAAUGCAGUCACCAGAAAUCAUGACUUUUUUCCCCAUUGGGCUUGAGGAACUUUUGAAACAUUUAGGGCGGUAUAGUGUAUAUAUAUAUAUUUUUUUUGUCAUUCCACAGUGAGUCUGCCUCAUGUUUGAUGGUGCAAAGUGGGUUGUAAAGCAACAUGUUUUAUGACUAAAUUAAAUGUCUUUUUCUGUUUUUAAACUGGUGCAAACAAACAAACAAGUGUCACGCCUCGCUUUGCUUGAUAAGCUCAUCAAAUCCAAAUACUUUUGUCCAUCGCUUUUACUCUUUUGGUGAUAUUUUGUCAUGGGAGGGGGGAGGGGGGGAAGGUGUCGUGAAAAGUGCUCAGUGGGAGCCUUCCCUGUGAGCACGUGUUGGGAAAAGCAGCUUUAGUAGUGUAGUUUAGUGUGAGCGCGCCGGGAUGGAUAAAGCCACGAGGAGGAGGAUUUGUGUUGUCACGUUCAAUGGCGAUGUCCUCUGCUUGUUUCUUUCCUCUUAAAUGUGUCAUUACUGCUUUAAAUCUCUCCCUCUCUCUCUUAUAUAUACAUACACACUCACACACAAGGGGGAGAAAAGCCGUUAAUGUUGACAGCUCACCAUUAAGAACAUUAUCUGUAAUCUGACAUCACACACACAAACACAUGAUCUGACAUAUGUUUGAAUGUGCUCUACUAGAUUCUCACACAGGUUCCCCCCCCCCCCCCCCCCCCCUGUAUGUUCUAACCCAGUGAGACCCAAACCUUUAUCGUGCCAAGGCAGCCAUUUUACAGAAAAAUCUCAUCGUGCAGCACCCAACAAAAAUACUGAAAUGUAUGAAGGGCAACAGGUGGAUACGCAGGUUUAUCUUACCUUUUGCCAUCUAAUGGAAGAGCAUUAAAUUUCUCAGAUUUG